UUUUAAAUUUCUUAAAAAAUUUUAAUUUAUUGUUUAUUUGGAGAAAAAUGUGAAAUUAACAAUUUUUAAAUAACUGUCUAGGCUAAACUAAACUAAAUACAUACCAAUGUGACACAUUAAUACACAAUAAUAGUAAAUUUUUAAAAUAAUAUAUAAAAAAUUAUAAUUCUGUAAAAUAAGACUAAAUGGCUACGGGAUCGGGGAACUCGGACUCGGACUGGGUGACGUCGGAGCAGUCGAGAGAAAUCACAAUGCUGGCCCUGAGGAAGGGCGCAGCUUUGCAGAAGCUAGUAAAUAUAACAAGUAGAAAUUCAGCUAGUGUUAAGGCGUUGAAAAACGCACUUUUUAAAAUGAAAGUUUACGCCUUCGGAGAUGAACACCAAGCUACAAUAAGCUCGGCAGAGCAGAAAGGCUCGUUCAGAUUCUCACAAGUACAGCUAAAACUGCUUAGACAGGAGCAGUUAAUGUUAUUAUCUGAAAACCAGCGCCUAAUAGAUGAAUUGCAAAAAAUAAGGAAAUUAAACAUAAUUAAUAAUAACGCCAUUUUAAGUAGAAAUGCUGUAACUGGGAGUAGAGAUGCGGUAGGGAAUAGCACUGACGUGGCAGUACAGGGUAAAUCUCCUGGGAAUAAAUCUAAGUUACUAAAGUAUAUUGAUAAGACUUUGGCUGGCGAGAAUGAAGUUAAUUUGAUGAAGGUUAAACUGCUAUAUUUUGUAGCAGUAGUUGAGAAGGCUAAGCAGAGGAUACAAAUGACGACUUUGAGGCGACUUGCAGGUUACGAUAGGUCUCGAAAUUACAAUCAAGCAAACUUGUUAAACCCUCAGAGAUAUUAUACACUAACUAAAAAAGCAGCUUGUAUACUAAUCGAAGUUAUCCUUGAAAGAAAAGUUAAAGCACAACUCAACACUACAUUAAAUCUCAUGAAACAACAUAAUAGGAUUAAACCUGAAAUGCCUAAAAAGGAGUCGAGACUGGGUAAAUUAUAUUAA